ACAAAACUACAGUUUCAAUUAACAGAUCACUUUAGCAAUCAUGAAGCUCGUUAGAUUUUUGAUGAAACUCAAUAAUGAGACUGUGACGAUAGAGUUGAAAAAUGGAACUGUCGUCCACGGUACCGUAGCAGGUGUUGAUAUGAGCAUGAACACUCACUUGAAGCCAGUCAAGAUGACCGUUAAGAAUAAGGACCCAGUCAACUUGGAAUCAUUGAGCAUCAGAGGCAACAACAUCCGCCACUUCAUCUUGCCAGACAGUUUGCCACUAGAUACCCUCUUGAUCGACGACUCACCUAAAUCAAAGGGAAAGAAGAAGGAAGCAGGUUAGUGACGAUCAUGUAGGGAACUUAAGCUGACCCGUAUCAUUUUCUAAUGCAUUUUUUUUUUUGCUGUUUUCAGCUGCUCCUG